UCGUGCGACAAUUGAGUUUUCGAUCUGUGUGUGCUCUAUCCCCCCUCUUCGACACCUGCAAAACUUGAUCGAAACCCUACCCAUCCAAAGUCACCGGUCUCGGAAAACCUUGAAUUUCUACAAUGAGGACGAAGAAUGCUUCUGUGUCUUCCUCCAUGAAUGGAAACGAUGAGUAUCAUGCGGAAGAGAGGAUGAAAGAGCACAACGGUAGCCCAAAGCCCACACAAGGAACAUUCGAGAAAGAUGCCCCAGUUCCGAAAUGGAUCCUUGCCACUGUUGCAAACUCUGAUGAUUCCAUGUCUUUCCCAUGGGGGACAUGGGCAUUCCAAGAGUCCCUCCGUAUCCAAUCUUUGGGGAAGGACUUAGUUUCAGAAAAAAAGAAACUUGUCAAAGGCGGGAAAACAUCAAACACCCUCCGAUACACUGGCUUUGUCCUCCCCUCAUCUUUUCUCCUAUUUGAGUGCAUUAAUGAUUUUGGAGAGACAUUUGGAGUGAAGAUGGAGCAAACAAAUCCAGCACUUCCGAGAAUGUGGGUGGACCAUAAUGAAGAUGGGAAGGAAGAUGAGAAGGUCGACCCCCCUUGUUUUGAAUGGGUGAACCAUAAAGAAGAUGCUAUUAAAGAUGGGAGGGAAGAAGAGCCGAUGGGAGAGAAUAAGGUCGACCCCUAUAGUUUUGACGGGGUUGACCAUAAUGAAGAGGAAAAAAAUGAUUGGAAAGAAGAAGAUGGGAAAGAAGGAGAUGGGAAGGAAGAAGAUGAGCCUAUUGCAGACAAUAUGGUCAAGCUCUCCAGUUUUGAAGGAAUUCCUGAAGAGAAAGAUGAAGAAGAGGUUGACCAAUUUAAAGUAAAGAAUAGGUCUCCACCAAUCCAGGAAGAAGAAGAGGAAAAGCUUGCAGUUGAGGGAGAGGCCAAUGAAAAUGAGAUGGCAAUGAGUGAUAAAAUUGUCCAUGAUGUUGUUGAAUUCUGCAAAUCAACUGAAAACAAUGUUGAUAAGAAAGUUGAGUUCGAUGUUGACGUCUUGAGAGAACUGACAGAUGUGGAUGAAGUCGCUGUUGCACGGGAAUUGGGUCGAGGUCUCUGGGAGAAGAAACGAAGUAUUCAUAUAUCGAGCCCCUACUUCAGCAAUGUACUUAAAAAGGUAAAGGUUAUUAAUAGUGAUGUAUCAAAUGAGCUGGAUAAAGCCGAAGAAGAGCAACUCAACAUACGAAUGAACCCAUCUAGCCAACAACUUGAGGCCUUCCAUCAAUUCAUGCAGUCGGCAAUUGCUGACGGGAGAGAAGUUCAGUGUAUCAUGGAAAAGAGGGGAGAGUCCCACGGUAUUGUUAAGAAGUGGUGGAGUUCCUUGAUGGAAUCCGGCGGCUGGUUGGAGACCACGCAUAUGGAAGAAAUCAUGAUCUACUUCAUGAAAAUGUAUAACAAGAAAGAUAGCACAUAUGCCGUCCUCCCAGAGACCUUUCAAAUGUUAGGUGAGGUCAAUGCCACUACUGAACUAUUUCCAAUCCUGGACACCGGCCUCACGCAAAUAGUUCUUGGUACAUGGGACUCAUGCUCUAAACCGUGGAAGGAUAUUUCAUGUGUUUAUUGGGUUCAUAACAUAAAGAAUCAUUGGGUCGCCAUAAGAGCUGAUUUCCAUAGAAAGUGUCUGGUGGUGUUUGACUCCCUACAACGAAUUACAAGCAUGAGUAAACUUGAAGAAGAACUGUCAAAUAUGCUCAAAAUUUUUCCUGUGAUAUGCCAAUACGCAUCAAAUUAUCUUCAAGGUAUUCCUGGAGACCACAGAGACAUGACCGUGAAAUGGAGUGUUGAACGUCCUUUGGUGCCGCAACAGACAAAUUCAGACUGUGGGGUGUUUGCUUUGAAGUUCAUUGAGCUUGGUGUUCAAAAUUUGCAUCCUCCGGUGCUUAGCGGAUUCAGUGAACAUGACAUUGUCCAAUUGAGAACUUCAUACGCAUAUGCAAUAUGUAGAGAGAAGUUUUAAUACUCGUAAAUAUAAAUCUUGUGCUAUUGUAUUUAAAUGUGUCUUUGUGUCAAAACUAACCCAUUAAACAUUGAAGAGAAUCACUUUAACGUUUAUAUUUUAAGGCAAAAUUCACGACAAGUCGACCAAACAUAAUACACAAGAAGUCGACUAUAUUCAUAAACGAGAAGUCGACCU